AAAACCCCGGCGCCUCGCGACAGCCCGAGCCCCGCGUGUCCAGAAGGGGUUUUCGAAAUCUCGAUUUCUUACUCUGGGUUUGGUUUGUAAUGGAGGCAGUGCUGAAGUCUCGCUGUGAUGAACAGCACCCUCAGCAGGAUGAAGACUUCCAUAGGAAGCGGGAGCAGAGCAGCAAGCUUCCUGCAGGAAUAAAAAAAGAUAUUGAAAAACUCUAUGAAGCAGUGCCCCAGCUUAGAAAUGUGUUCAAAAUUAAGGAAAAAAUUGGAGAAGGUACUUUUAGUUCUGUUUACUUGGCCACAGCACAACUACAAGCAGGAUAUGAGGAAAAAAUGGCUCUGAAACACUUGAUUCCAACAAGCCACCCUCUGCGAAUUGCUGCUGAGCUUCAGUGCCUCACUGUAGCAGGGGGACAAGAUAACGUCAUGGGAGUGAAGUAUUGCUUCAGGAAAAAUGAUCAUGUGGUUAUUGUUAUGCCAUAUCUGGAACACGAAUCCUUCUUGGAUAUUUUGAAUUCUCUCUCCUUUGAAGAAGUGAGGGAAUACAUGUUCAACCUGCUGAAGGCGUUGAGGCGCAUUCACCACUUCGGCAUCGUUCACCGUGACGUCAAGCCCAGUAACUUCCUCUACAACAGGAGGCUCAAAGAGUAUGCCUUAGUAGAUUUUGGCUUGGCACAAGGAACCCCCGAUACAAAAAUUGAACUUCUCAAAACUGCCCACGCUGAAGACCAGCAGGGAAGUUCCUUGCAAAAUAAUCCCACCACAGCCUUGGGAAAUGAGGUUUCUGUCAGUGUCACAGCAUCUAAACAGACAGCUCAACAGUCAGCCUCACAAGCAGCUGAUAAAAGACCCAUCUCACUUUCAAAAAUACAGAUGAAACAAGGAAGAGGAGGAAAGGAGGAUUCUGUGCACCGUUGUGUUCAGCGCUCUGUCUUUGGAGAGAGGAAUUUCAAUGUGCACAGUUCCAUCUACCAGGAGAAUUCAAGUACAAAACUCAUAAAACAGUCAAAGAUGAUAGAUGUUUCAUCCAGGAAGUUAGUAACAAAGAAGAAGAUUAUUUCUACCAAAACAGUGAGCAAUGGGGCAGCCAGGAAAGCUGCCAGUGGUUGUCCCUCAGUCCUGAUCUGUGACUGUUUCGCAACGGAUAGAGUUUGCAGUGUUUGCCUUUCAAGGUGUCAGCAAGUUGCUCCCAGAGCAGGAACACCUGGAUUCAGAGCACCAGAAGUAUUAACAAAGUGUCCCACUCAGACAACAGCAAUUGACAUGUGGUCUGCAGGAAUCAUAUUCCUUUCUCUGCUCAGUGGACGGUAUCCAUUUUACAAAGCAAGUGAUGAUUUAACUGCUUUGGCACAAAUCAUGACAGUUCGUGGAUCCCGAGAAACCAUUCAGGCUGCUAAAACUUUUGGUAAAUCAGUUCUGUGUACCCAAGUUGUCCCAGCACAGAACUUAAGAACCCUCUGUGAGAAGUUGAGAGGAACAAACAGGAGCUGUAAGAGAUCCCAAGGUGAAGUGCUCAGCAGGUCUGUGGAUGACUCAGCCUUGCUAGGAGCAGCAGAAAACCCAUGUGGCCCUGGGCCACUUGGAAAACAAAUCCAACACUUAAAGAGCUUCCAGGAAGAUGAGGGUGCUUUGGAAAUGAAGGCACCAGAUAUGAAAGGAUGGGAUCAGGUUUCUGAUGAAGCAUAUGACCUACUUGAUAAGCUACUAGACUUAAACCCUGCAACAAGAAUAACUGCAAAAGAGGCUUUGCUGCAUCCUUUUUUCAAAGACAUGAGACACUGAGAAGAUACUGUAUCUUAUUAUUGUUUUCAUAGGUCUAUGUGAAAAUGAGAUACUGAGGCAUUUUUACCAUGUUGCCCACAACAUUUACACUCAUUGAAAUACCACCACACUGUGCAAAGAACUACUGAAUUUUUUUCAGUAGUUUGCAUGGGUAGGCUGCAAAUGUCAUUUUACUUUAAAAAAUAGUUGCAGAGGUAAAAAUUGCAUGAACACUAACGUGGUCUUAUCCUAAGACAUGUCUGAGGGGUUAGUGCUGUGCAUACUUGUUCUCUGAGAAAGUUAACUUUGAUCAAAAACUACAAGGAAGAAGAGUUUCACAAGCUCUACACUUAAUUCUUAAGGUAUUCCCUUAAAAUUUACAAAUUUGCCUUAAGGUACGACUGAAAGUGCUUGAGAAACUUAUUUCCAAACUUGCAUAUCUCUGCUUUGUUCCCAUUAGUACAAAAGAGACUGAAGAUGGAACCGUGUAUUCAUUUUGUUAAGACUAUUUUCAGAGAACAGAAUUGCUUUGGGAGUGUUGCUAGGGGAGGGGCCAGGUUAUCAUCACCAGAAGAAACCUUAACUGUUUUAAAAGUACAUAUUUGUUCCUGUCUGGUCUUUCCUAAUUAGGCAAUAGUAAUAAAUGCAGUUACUCAUUUUGCAUAGCCCAUGUUUCUCAGUG